AACCAGAAAAGAUAAACAAACUUAAUCAAAAUGAACCGUAGCUUGUAGACCUAAAAUGAAUAAUUGAAUUGUUGCGGCGUUUGACGCGUGAGUCAUCUCUGGACCCAAUUAUUGAUGUAGCAAAACAAAGAAUCUGAAAAAUGCAUUUAAUUUUUGAUUGAGAAAUUUGCUAUUUACAAACUGAUAUUUUCAAGUUCAAUUAUAUAACUGUAAUCAUUGUUUCUUUUAUAUACUGAGUAAAAUCAUGCUACUAAUACAACGGCAUCGUUGAAACUAAAAUCUCCUCUCAGCGUUUUUCCGGAAAUCAAUGUGAUUAGUAAUCAAUUAUGAGUGAACAAUGAGUACACCAGUGCCAGCUCCACGUUCGUGUGGAGAAUUGAAGAAACCUAUUCCUGCUCCAAGAACGAAAAUAAUGCCGAUUUCCAGCCAAAAAUCAGAUGAAUCUUCUUCAUCUAAAUCUUCAGAAGAAAAUGUGAAAACAUUAUCAAGAACAGCAAGGCGUGUGAAAUCUUUCAGCUAUGCAUCCAAACAAAUAGCAGGAGAUAUUGGAGGUUUGGUUCAGAAUAAAUUUGAAAGUACCAGACAAAGUGUUAGAAGGUUAACUAGAACCUUCAGUAUUUCUAGCCAUCCGGAAGAAAGUGAAUCUGACAUUGCUACAAGUGAAGAAAAAGUAGAUAAUAAUUUGGACAUCUUCAACUCAAUUAGAUUUGAUUCUCCUAUGGUGCCGCCAAGAUCUCCAGAAUAUACAAAUUGGGAACCACCUAGAAAAAGAGCUGAUGAGGUUUUGGGAGAACAUUUGUUCAAUUUAGCACCUCCUUCCUAUCCACCACCCUCUUUACCUGAUGAUUCACUUUACAAUGAGCCACCUGCUGUGCCCUCGCCUGUGUCUACAGCAUCUAGAAAAUCAGAAUAUCUAGAAUCAACUUGCAACAACGAUAUUUAUGAAAGUAUAUAUCCCUUCAAAAGAAAUAAUCAAAAUGAUGAACUGAAGGACUGUGCCUCAGUGACUACUGAAGAUACUUCUAUAACAAUAGAAAGUAAUAGUGAGUUGAGUAGAUCUAGCUCUUGGAAAUUUUAUGAUUCUGUUGUUGGAAAUCUGAGACAAGAAAUUGAAGAAAAAUUAAUGCUUACUCCUAUUAAGGUAGAAGAGUGCUCAAGUCAGUUACAGGAUGUAGAUAGAACUUCAAAUUCAAGUGUUGAUGUGAGAAAUUCUAUAUAUGAAAAUUUUGUAUUGCCUAGACCCUCACAAAGUGUGAUAUAUCAGUUUGAUCCACUGUUGAAUAACGCUUCAAACAAUGUUGCUUCUGAAGCAAAAGUGGAGGAUUACAAAAUGCUGGAGGAGAUUUUGCAGGAAGACUUAUAUGGUAAUAUUUCUGCACACAGAACUAUAGACUCCUGGAGUAUAUCAGACUCGGAGGCCGAGGAAUUUGCCAAUCCUCCUUCUCCUCCAGUUCGAUUUGAUUCAUUGCAAGAGGAACCCUCCUCCUCCGCUGCGAAUGAGGAGAGAUUUAGAUCCAAUGCGGUUCCUACCUUGAUAAACAACAACUUGAAAACUGGUGGAGAGAGAAAGAGCUGGCUGAAACAUGUUAAAGAUGUUGUGAUAGCUUCGUCAGAAAUCAUAAAAGGAAAAAAUAAAGAAGGUGUAGUUCAGAGACCGAUGGUACAUAUGAAGAAUUCAGCCUAUAAAAAAGGAAUGCUCUAUAAAGUCCAAAAUGGGCCGGUAGAGGAUUUAUUCGGAGAGUACAGCGGCAGGUGGUGCAUGCUAGAAAACGGAGUUUUAGUUUGUUAUUCUAGCAACUCUUGUGAGAACAUCAAGGAACAAUUUCCAAUCGAUACCAUUCUCAGUGUAGAAACAGUGAAACAUCCAAAACUUAAACUGAAAUCAGACAACUAUGAGCUCCAUUGCUUCAAAAUAAAUUCUUCGGGUAAAAGUAGAGGGAGCCAUGUGUAUGGUUCAAGGAAUGCCUCUGACCGAAGAUUGUGGAUGCAAACUAUUGCGGAAAGUUUGACUACACGAUUUGGAUCGAAAAUUACGUCAGAUUACACUCGAAUGGGAUGGACUUAUGUGAGGGAAGGGGUAACCAGUAAAUGGAUGGGUGCAUGGCUCAUUCUUUCCGGUAGGAACUUAUUGUAUGCUGUAGAUGGACAACCUGUCAAAAGUCUGGACUUGAGGAAAGCAAGGUGUAUUGCACUUCAAAGUCACGAAGAUGCCGAUCAAAGUCCGCAAACAAGUGACAAUAAAGGUCCAAAUAUGUUAGUUGAUGCCUGUGAUUUGGUUGUUUACAUGAGGAUGUGGACCACCAGAGAAACUAAGAUUUGGUGCCACUUGAUCCGAAUUGCUUCAUAUGAUAACGGAGCAUGUCUAGACGAACAGCAGUUGACUAAAAAUGAUGUACCCGUAAUAGUUGAAAAGUGCAUCAAUUUCAUAUAUUUACAUGGGAGUAUGACAAAAGGAAUUUAUAGGCAAUCAGGUGUUGGAUCGUUGGUUUCGGAAUUGUUGACCAAGUUUGCCGAAAACGCAUGGGCUGUUCAAAUAACACACGAUAAGUUCAGUGAACAUGAUGUUGCGACAGCUUUGAAGAGAUUUUUCAGGGACCUUCCUGAACCCCUGCUGGAAAUCUCACAGAGACAGUAUUUCUACCAAGUGUCCUUGGUUAAGAACCAGGAGGACCAAAUAAGGAUGUAUAAAGCAGCUUUGGAUAAUCUAGGAUUGAUAUCGUAUAAUACAGCAAAGAAACUUUUGGGUCACUUGCACUUCAUAAGUACCCAGUCUUCCAAGAAUUUUAUGAAUGUUGUGAAUCUUGCUGCUAUCUGGGGACCCACAUUGAUGCAUUUUGAGAAUGACAUUGGUGUACCUAAACCAACUGCAGCUCAUCAACAAGAUAUCAUGGUCGUGGCUGAUUUGAUAUCUCUCUACAAAUACAUAUUUCCAGAAGAUCCUUCUGAAAUAGAACAAGAGAAAGUGAUGUUGCAAGUCUUGGAGAAGCAUAUCAAAUCGCCACAAGGUGCUGUGACUAAGAAUGCCGGAGAUUUCCGUUUGUGGAUUUACCUAGGAGACAAGGAUGGUCAAACUUUCAAUGUUGCAAUAGGACCAAACAAAACUGCUCUUGAGGUGUGUAAUGAACUGAGCUCGAAAGUGAACCUGCAGGUUUAUGAGAUGAUUUUAGAAGAAGUCGUUGUAGACGGCCACUUGUCAAGGCCAAUUCAUCAUUCUGAAAAGAUUUUAGAAGUAGUCCUGAACUGGGGCUAUUGGGACGAAGGAGAUCGUAAGGACAAUUACAUUGUGAUCAGUAAUUUGGCCAAAUAUGCAGAUUUCUUAGAUACAAAAACUCUCUUAAUAUCAGGCGAGAUGAAAUAUGCCGAUUCUAAAACGAAAAAUCUCAAAAAUUUCACUUUUGAGUUUUCAAAUGGCCGUUUGAGUUGCUGUAAAGACAAAACUUGCGAUGUUAAAUUAUCUUCGUGGAACAUUGAGGACAUAUGCUGGUAUUGGGGUCACGAACCAAAAAGAAAUUGCCAAUCCAAAUGGACUAUUACGUUUUUCUCAAAAACAGAUGUACCUAAAAGAAGUAGAAGUCAGCCAUACUUCGGCAAUAUUAUUGUUUGGCCAGAUAGACAAGCCAGAGCUAACUGGCUGGCUAUAAUGCUGAAAACCUUAUAUCCAGACGGUAUAACACAGCCUAUACACGUAAAUAUAUCUUCCUGAAAUGUGAUUAUCUUCUAGAUUUAGAAUAUGUAAUUUUUUAUGAGAGAUUUAUUUAUACACAUUUAUAUUUUUAAUGUAAUUUUUAUAGAAAUUUUAAACAUUAGAUUUUAAAAUGUACAAUAUUAUGUCAAUUAUUUAACAGUCAAAUAAGUAUCUUGCCAUACAUUGUUUUUCUUAUUGUGAAAAAAUUAUAUAUAAUUCUGUUAUAUAAUUGGCAAACAGUGAUCUUAAUUUUUUUUAAGGCUAAAUGAGAUGAGUAUUUUCUUUGACUGUGGUACGCUAUUUCUAUUUCCAUGAAUUGAAAUAUAACAUUAAGAUAACAAACAGAUCCUACAUGAUUUCAAUUAGUAUCUUGUAUUUUGAGUAAUUAACUUCUCAAUAAAAAAAUUCCAGACAUC